AUGUUUCCUGCCACACAACAAACUCUAGUGCCCUCGAAAGUCUCGACACGAAGAUAUUGGAUAUUGGAAGCUCGGACCACUUUUUCAAACAGUUACGGCAAGAAGCCGUACCAUUUUUACCGUAUUAUGUCAACUGGGCUUGCCCUUGGUUUCGCUGUCGAGGGUGCACCCUGGCACUUGGUUUCUCAUUUAUUCCCAGAUAAAGUUGGUGGGCGACCAGCUUGGCUAGCUCUUCAACACUUACCAUCUCCUAGUGAACUAAAGUGUCCAGUAUGUUUGAAUCCAAUGUGUUUCCUCUUACAGAUAUACUCCCCUCUAUCUGAAAAACCUGACUGUUUUCAUCGGAUGUUAUUUUUAUUUAUGUGCCGAAAUAGUGAAUGUCAUUAUAAGCCUGAUCAUGUACCAUUCUAUGUGUUUCGAUCGCAGUUAUCAAGACAAAAUUGCUAUUACAGCUUCGAGCCCCCUGAGAACGAAUUUCCCAGUCGCGAAAUGUUAAACUCGAUGAUAAAGGCUAACUCUAUUCCAUGGGCUGGCAAAUAUUCAUCUAUCUGCCCAAUAUGUGGAUGUAAAGCAGACAAAACUUGUUCAAAGUGUAAAGCCACUUCUUAUUGUUCUAAAAUGCACCAGGUUCUAGACUGGAAACGGCACAAAUUAGAAUGUGGUUCGAAAUGUCACGAUUUCAUGUUAUUAUUCGAACAAAAUAGCUUCUUACUUCCUGAGUACCGUUUAUGUUCUGAACCUGCAGACAACUUUUCUUCAAAUGAUGAAAGUACUUCAGAAGAGGUGGAAACUGACACUGAAACUGUAGACCUGGGACUUUCAAAUGAUUCUGAAGUUAAAGCGCUUGAAUUUAUAGCCAAGAAAGAGACUAAAGAAGAAGCCAGAUUUAGAAUGUUUAGAGAAGCAAUGAAAUCGGCUCCUGACCAAGUCGUACGAUUUCAUAGAGGUGGUAAACCCAUUUGGCUGAGUAACGAUCCUGUAGAAGUUGAAAAAUGUGAAGUUUGCGGUUCCGAACGUGUUUUUGAAUUUCAGGUUACUCCUCAAAUAUUGUUUUACUUAAAAUUGGAUAAAGUUGGUGAAUUAAAUCCAGAUUUCGGUUCGCUUUACGUUUUUACUUGUUCUAAUUCAUGUGAACUUCCUAGAAGAAAAAAAUGUACAGAAGUAUCACCUUCUAAAUGUGAUAAUGCAUUUAUUGAAUAUCAACGUGAAAUUGUCAUUCGUCAAAUGGUUCCAUAA